CUUUCGGUUUAUUAAGGAAAAUGGCGGAUGAAGAAUUAGAACUUGACUCAGAAGGAGACAGUUGUACUGGUCUUGGAGGAAGGAGUGUGAAGAAAAAUAUAGCAAUAAAACUAAAGCAGCCAUCAAGACCAAGAGGUCGUCCCAGGAAAACAUCAGCACCACCUAAACAGAAAAAGGUCCAAGUUGUGGAAGAAAAAGAAGAAUUUGGAGAAGAUGACCUAAUAGAACCUCCAAUAUUUAAACAAGGACCAGGAGAACCAUUGCACCAGAAUGGUCAUCUGAAGUGGAAUAGCAAAGUAAACCUGAUUGGAGAAAAAGUAGUGGAUCCAUUGAUUCACUGCUGUGAACUUUGUCAUGUCCCAAUACUUUUGUAUGGAAGGAUGAUUCCAUGCAAGCAUGUAUUCUGUCUAGAUUGUGCACGAAAAACUGAUAAGAUGUGUAGCAGAUGUGAUGAACCAGUCCAAAGAAUUGAACAGUCAGCCUUAGGGACUGUGUAUGUCUGUAGUUAUGGAGGAGCCAAACAUGGAGCAGCAGGAUGUCGUAGAACUUACCUAUCACAGCGAGACUUACAGGCUCAUGUAAACCAUCGUCAUUUGAAGGAAGCUGCAGAAAAUGCAAAAUCAUCUACACCUAAAGAAUCUGUGAAAUCAUCAGUUAAAACUUCAUCUCAGCAUGAAAUGUAUUCAUCAGUCAGAAAUGAUGGAGAUGCUAGCUCUAGACCCCCUCUUCAAGGAGAGUCAUACCCACGUAGGUCCGAGGAAGUUAGAGGCCAGAGCCAGCCCCUAGUAGUACCUACACAUCUCCCUCCUCCUACUCUGCCACAAACAAUGGGAGGUAUCCAUCAACCUCCUCUAAUUUCACAGCCUUUACAACAGCCACCUACACAAUCACAGAUCGAAGGUUAUCAGGCUAAUAUAGCAAUGAUGCAACAAGGACGAAGUAACCUAAUUUCUAUACCUAUACAUGAGGACACAGACUAUAGAAGGCAGAACUAUCUGAAUGCACCAAUGGGCAUGCCAGCUGUGACAUUUCAAACAUCAUUGCCACCUCCUGGCAUGCCACCACCAAUGUUUUCCCAGUCAACUGCCAUGCAUCAAGGACCUCCUUGCUCAUACACUGCUCCUCCGUUAAAUCUUGGGCCAUUAUCAAGAUUUUCAUCCCCUCCAACCAUAAUGACAACAUCUGGACUUAAUCUAUCUAUGUCGCAGCCACCACCAAUUAUGCAUCCUGGUGGUCCACCGCCACAACAUAUAUCAAUGGCAGGAAGUGCUGCUCCUCCCCAAAGAUUUUCAUCUCCUCAUGGACAUUUUGAUGAUAGUACUUCAAAGCCUCAGUUUGGACAGCAAUCUGGGCAUGGUACACGAGGACCAUGGCCUGGACCACCACCUCAGUCGCAAGGUGCUGGACCAUUAGGUCCUCAACAACAAAGACCACAGUCUGAUUCUUACAGAUACUUUUAAGAUGUUAGUUUGUGAAGUAUUUUUUGUUUAUAUAUAUUUGUUUUUUGUAUAUCUGUUCUUCAGUAUAAAAAUGUUCAAAAAGUACCAAAAGAUUGGAAAUUACAGCUUAUUUAUCAUUUUAAAUGAACGAAAAGUUUAGUGAAAUCAUUGAUUUGUUUUAAGUAUAGUCUCAAUUAUUAACAAAUUUACUUUAAGAACGAGGAAGUUCUUUCUGUUCAACAACAUGAGUUUAAUUUGACAUGUUCUUUCUGUUCAGCAACAUCAGUGUAAUUUGAUGUGUUCUUUCUAUUCUACAACAUGAUGUGAUUAAACUUGCUCUUUCUGUUUAGCAAAAUGAGUGUACCAUCAACAACAUGAAUGUUAUUUGACGUUUUGUUUAUGUUCAGCUGCAUGAGUGCAAUUUGACAUGUCCUUUCUGUUCAGCAACUUGAGUGUAAUUUGACAUGUUCUUUCUGUUUGUUCAGCUACAUGAGUGUAAUUUGACAUGUCCUUUCUGAUCUGCAACAAGGAUAUUAUUUUACAUAAGCUUUCUGUUCAGCAACAUGAGCUUAAUUUGACAUGACCUUUCUUUUCAGCAACAAGAAUGUUGUUUUACAUGACUUAUUUCUGUUCAUUAGCAUGAGUGUAAUUUGGUAUGUCUUUUCUGUUCAACAACAUGAGUUUAAUUUGACGUGUCCUCUCAGUUAAGCAAAAUGAGAAUUGUUUAUAAUAGUACAGGGCAUUAUGUUAUCUGGUCUGUGUGUCAAUCUUUAUUCCCUCUAUCUGUUAGUCAAUCCAACUAGUUUUUAGUUAAAGUAGUUUAUUAUCAAAUUUUGGUCACAUCAACUUUAAACUUAGUACAGGUGUUUAUUAUGAUGUAAACUCUUCAACAAAUAUAUCAAAAUAGGGUUUUGAUCAAGAUAUUGUAGUUCACUGACCAUGGACAUGCGAUAGUGGGAGCAGAGCAAUGGUGUACUAUGGAUAUAUAUUCUUGUUUUACUAAGUCUUAUCAGUUAAACAAAAUGAGAAUGAUUUGACAUGUCCUUUAAAGUCUGAAAAAAAGAUUCACUGUAUCUAAAAAAAAUUAUUACAUGUUAGAAAAUUUGAAACAUAUUGUUAAACUUUAUUUGUAUAAUCUCCCAGGAUGAAUUCUUAUAAAACCCACAUAUUUAUCAGCUGUUGCAUUAAGGAUUUUGAUAAAAUGUUGAGUUGUUUGGUGUGAGCAAAUUUAAGAUCUGUUGGGCAUUCAUCUUGGUUUGACUUUACUUUGAAUUUAUAUUAUACCCUUACAAGUCUGGAAUUUUUGUCAAUGUUUUGGGUAGGGUUAUACUUUGCACGAUGUUGCUUUUUUUUUUAUUGAAUGACUAAAUUUUGGAAAAUUGAACAUUCUUUUGAUAUUAAAUAUAAAUGAUAUAACUUG